UAUGAUGCCGGAAGAACUCGACCUAAAUUAUAUCGCUCGUGCCGUCUUUCUGGGAUUGUUCCUGUAUUAAUAACAACAACAACAACAACAAAAAUAAUUAAUAUUAUUAUGAAUAAGGUCUUCUGUGAUUUGUGUCGUUCGACUCCGAUGAUCAUUUAAAUCGGCUACAAAGAGCAAGAGCCCUGUUUGCAGGUUUAAAAUUAAGCUGAGGAAUAAACCAGGUGUUUCUUUCUCUCCCCUGUGAUUGACCUGUCUGAGUCAUGUGGGAGGUGGAGAUCAGAGGCAUGGCAUCAGCUCAUGCCCUCCUUGCCGGCUCUGUGUUGGUGGGAAGCCUGAUGCCUGCUCUCACUGUGGAGAACUUCUCAGUGUACGGGACACACUUGGUGUGGCUCUAUUCUGUUUCGGCUUGUAUUGCUGUAGUCAACAUUGCUGUGUUUUGGCUUCUUGGUAUCAGUCCACCAACAAAGAAAAACACACUAAGUUAUAAGUUGUCUCGACUGAUUAGAUCCUGUCUGUAUUUUCUACUGUCUUGCCUCUUCUUCCACACUGUGGUUGUUCUGUAUGGGGCACCUCUGUUGGAGUCAGCUCUGGAGACGUUUUCUCUGGCUGUACUUCUCUCCACUCUCACUACACUGAGGUGUCUGUGUAUGCUCGGUCCAAAUGUACAGGCGUGGAUCCGGGUUUUCAGUAGAGAUGGGGCAAUGUCCGUGUGGGACACCUCACUUCAGAUUACUACUGGCUGCAGCGUAGUUGGAGCCUGGCUUGGAGCUUUCCCCAUUCCUCUUGACUGGGACAGACCCUGGCAGGUGUGGCCAAUUUCCUGUUCCCUUGGGGCGACAGGAGGAUUUCUGACAGGACUUCUAGCUGCUCCGAUCUGGAUCCGUUGGCAUCGCAAGCAGCUCACCUACAAACUCAAAUGAGGGACAGGCAUUUAUAGGCACAGGCCACACUCUGCACGAGUGUCCACCAAGGGCUGUGUUGUAAAUCAUCACCCUACAAGUUCCUCAUGCUUGCACCAGCUCUUUUAAAGGUCCUGUGAGGUCAAAUGCAGCAACAGAAAAUAUAUUUUAAAUUAUUUGUUCCUUCAAAUGUUGCAGUGGCUUUAUACAUGUAUACUCGAUCAUUCCGGUCUCAUCUUUCCUGGAAAAACCCCAGACUGGAAAGAGAAAUGCUCUGUAAAAUGCAUUCAUUUUGCAACCCCAUGUUGCCAGAUGCAGGUUCCCUUUUUUUUUUUGAGAAAUAAAGUCUUGCUUCUGUAAA